AUGGAAAUGAAUAAAAUACUUGAUAAAUAGUAACUCAAUAUCCAUGCAAGUACCACUCUUGUUGAAAGUAAACCUCCAAAUAAUGACAUUUCGAGUAUUAUUAAAGGUGAAGGAGAUAAAAGCAAGCGAAUUGGAGAAAAAGCAAAUCAUAGAAAACUUAUUUACUCAAAAACGGGAAAUCAAAGCUUUGAUCAGGAUAAAUUUAAUUAGAUUAUUAUGGGGACUUUAAAUGAUGGAAAUAAACAAAGUUUUAAUAAAGGAAUACAAGGUAUUAAUGAUACUAUCAAUAAUGUUUCCAUAAACUCAACUAAUGAAUACUUGAGAGCAACUCCUAACAUUAAGCAAAGUUCUUUUAAGCAAAAACAAGGUAGCAUUAAAAAGAAGGCUCUUUAGAAAUCAGCAUCAAGAGCUUCUCAGAUCUCUCUUAAAACUAUAAACCCCAGAUUUUCCAGACCUCAGAAAACUUAUCAAUAAUUAAGCAGCAACCAACUCAGAAAUUAAUCAAAUGAUAAUAUUGGCAUUUCAAACUCAUAAUCUAAAAAUAUCUCACUCUAGCAUGAAAAUCCCUUGCAAUUAUUUAGUGAUUGGGGUAUUAUGAAGUUUGGAGAAGGAUAAAAGGGUUGGGAAUUAAUAGGGUCCAUAGUAAGAGCAAGCAAAAAGGGAAACAGAGUUUGGGAAUUAGUUGAUAAAAUAAAUCAAGUUAAGGAUCAGUACUAGUGUAUAAUAGAAUAAGCAAAUAGAGUUAACGAAAAAAUGUAGAAAAAGCAUAAAAAGUUCAAUGAUCAAAAUUCAAUGAAUAUGACUACGUUAAAUGUCAUUCCUUAAACUUAUAGCAGCCUCUAUAGGAAAUAAAUUAGAUUUGAUGAUUAGAAUUUGGCUGACGGGAGAUAGAGAAACAUGAAUUAAAUAAGAAAAAAGGAUAACUUAGUCCCAAAAGCAGUCAGAAAAUUAAACAAGCUUAAGCAAGAAAUGAACGAGUUUAAUGAUGAAUAUUCUAAACUCUUGGGAACAACAAAAAGACUAAUGAAUAUGUGCAAAAGUUAAGGAGGUAAAAGAAGAUAAAAAAUUACUGAUACUUCUUAAAACACUAAUUCGAACCCUUAAACCACCUCAAGAGAAGUUAAUAUUGACCCAUUCAAAGCUGAAACUCUUAAUAUAAACUCAAUGGAAACUUCAUUUUUUAAAUAGAACCAUACGGCUCAUGGUUACAGAAACAGUGGUUUAUAUUAGAACGGGGACUAUCACAAUAAUAAUUACAGCGCUUUGAUGCAAAAUAAUAACACUUAGUUAUUGAAAUCCUAUAUGGGUUUUAACAGUUCUAUCUUCAAAGAAAGAUAAGACGAGAUAAAAACACUGAUUUCUUUGGAAUUAGAGCAAUUCAAAAAUAUUAAUUUAGACUUAAAGAAAAAGAACUCCUAUUAGCCGCCUAAUGCUGAUGAACUCCUCGAUCACAUCAAAGAAAAAAUUUAGGUGGUCAAGGGAAGUUAAGAGAACCUUCAAUCUGAUCCUAAGAAAAUCCAGUAGCAUAAACUUCAAGUGAUGCAUCAUGACUUUGAUAUUAAAAUAGAUAGAUUUACUGAGAUAUUAAAAAUGAGAGCAAAGUAAAGUUUAGAAUAAUCAUUGCAAAAUAACAGCUUGACUACUUAAUAGCAAUUAAUACUUAGCUAAAUGACUCAAAAAUCUUAAAUAGAGCAAAUUCUAGAUACUCAUUCAACUUAGAGACUAGAAGAACUAAAAAUGCAAAGAAAUAACAAAAGUUCUGAAUCAAUGAGGGUAGCCACAUUCGAUAGGAGAAGUUCUCACCAAUAAAGUAUAAAAAUCUCUAAAAAUAUGAUAUCUGAAGAAAAUUCCGAUAUCGAUAAUAAUCUAGAAAAAAGUAUGGAGGAAAUGAGGAAAAAUUUUGAGAAAAAGAAGUCAAUUUCAUCUCACAAUAGAAAAAAUACAGCAAGUCCUCAACUGAAGGUAAAGCAGCUAUAUUUAGAUAAAAUCAUUUCGGAUAUUGAAGCUUAGCAAUAAUCUCCUCGGAAAAAAGAAUUCAAAGUAGCUGCUAUUUCAAAAAAUUACCAACUAGAUAAUCCAGAGACUUUGAUCCUUCCCACUCCAAGGCAGAAACAGUUGUCGAAUAGAGCAUAAUUUUUGCUACGUAUGAGAAAAUAGUUUGAAAAAACAUCCCAUAGGCUAAGUGAAAAUCCAAUGAAUCCAGUUAAAACUGCGAUUGAUACUAAAUAAAUCUUUAAGAUUUGCAAAAGAAAUAGUGGAUCUUAAAAUGAGAUAGAGACAAAUAAUAGUUCAGAUCAGCCUUUAAGUAAAAGAAUCAAUUAAAAUAAGGAAGAAAUUAAAUAACCAUCUUUAAAAAUAAGUCAUUAUAAGAAAUUUGUAACAAAUAAUAACGAUUAUAUGAAUAAAUUACUAAGUCAGAGAGCUCUAAGUAGUAGCAAUGAAAAAAGAAGCAUCAAUGAAAAUCAUAAUGUGAUCCAGUCAUAACCUCAUUCUCCUUAGCAAUCUAUGAUGUUUUCAUUUUCACCUAUUAGCAAAAUAUCAGGAGGUCAUAUAGGGAUGGGCUAUUUAGGAAGCGCUUAAGAUUAGUCCAGAAUUUAGUCUAAAUCAAACUCUAAGGGAAGAGAAUUUUUAUUCAAUAAUGAAAAUAUCAACAGCGUGAGCUAAAGAUAUUCUCGAGAACUUGAAAAAUAUAGAUGGCAAAGAUAAGUAUAUUAAAAUAAUAGAUUGAGUCUAUGA